CUCCAAAACAGCCUACUUAGCUUUAAAAUAACAAUUUUCUGAAGAGAAAUCUCAACUUUCAUUUUUGUGUGAAUGUACAUAUUCUUCAUUAUAGUCACAAAUUUGAUAACAUUUCAGUUAUACUGUCCGGGAGCCAACUGAGCAUUUCCAAUCAGUCUUAAUCAAUAGAUAAGUAAGAUGCAGAAGCUUGAGAUUAUAUAUGGAUGCUAAAGGGAAUGUGUCAUGUGGAAUGCAAUGCCCAGUUUACUAAGAGUCUUUACUAAGCACAACUGAACAAAAUUACAAAAUGUUUAGUAACGCGAGUUAACAAAAAAAAUAUGCUUGAGUUACACAAUACUUGUUCAGAAAGGAGAUCCUUAACAUUACAUUAACUCCAAGUAAACUACAGGAAUAACAGAAAGGGAGGUGUUUGAUUCUUAAGUAAGGUACUCAUUCUUUUUUAUUGACCGGUGUACGACGAAUUCAGUGCCCCCUAGGAUUCAUGUGUCCCUGAUGGAUGUGCGUGGAAUUUGUCAUUGCAAUCCACAGGAGAGAGCUUAUAUUGCUUCUGGAUGGCAGAUGUUUAUGUAAACUUGUGAUUUCAGAGAUUCUACAUCCAGAAUAGAUUGUUUGAAAAUUGUAACAAAAAAAAACCCACAAAAAAAACACAAAAAAAAAAACGCAACAGAUUCAGGUGGGUAAUUAAAUGAAGUCUUGUGACAAAUUAUUUGUGUAUUUUUUCAGACCACAAUAAACAAAUUGAGGCACUGUUGUUUAUAUUUAUUAUUAUUACUACACAACCAAUCUACAACGUAUAGCUGAAUGCAGUUAUUGUAUAAUUCAGUUAAAUGCAGUACAAUCUUCUAAAUAUUUAUUAACUUAUUUAGUUGUAAGUAAUUUCAUUCCUGCCAGCUUUUCAGAACUGUCGCACCAAAUACAGAGAAACCAACAGAAACGUUGAACUUGAAAGGCGAUUAUUAUUAAUUAUUUAUUUGCCACCUGUAAAAGAAUCAUAGUAACAGGUUUUGCCCUGUAGUGCAUUUACAGUUCUCAAACAUCUGCAUUUGCAGAUGUUAAAACACAAGGGGACACUGAAAUGCAGUGUCCCUCCUGGAAACCAAGCAGCAGUUAUCCAAAAAGUACCAAACUUUGACAGUGUGUGUGUCUCUGUCAACUGUAUACACAGUAAGGUUUGUCACUCUGCUGUGUAUUUGCACUCAAUAAACAAAUGUAAAAUUAUUUACAUUUGCCCUGAAAAAUUGGGUGUCCCCUGUGUAGAUCAAGCAGGAGCUUUCUAAAAAGUACCAAACUUAUAUUGUUAUUGUGUCUCUCUUUCGCGUGCAUACUAAAUAGGUUUUCUCACUCUGGUGUGUAUUUGUACUCAAUAAACACGGGGACACCACUUUUUUUCGGGGGCACCUUUUUGUACAAUCGCCCUGGAAAAUUUGGUGCCCCCUCUGUGAAUCAAGCAGGAGCUUUCCAAAAAGUACCAAACUUUAACAUGCUAACUGAACCAUUACUGUAUUGUCAAUUGUGAUAACUUGAGAGACACACUAACCGUAUAAGUUUGGUACUUUUUGAAAAGCUCCUGCUUGAUUCACAGAGGGGGCACCAAAUUUUCCAGGGCAACUGGAAAAAAUGGUGCCCCCUUGUUUAUUGAGUACAAAUACACACCAGAGUGACAAAACAAUAAACAAUACAGAGGUACUUAAUAUCAACACGGUAAAUAUUAAUUAAUGUAAACAUUAUCUAACUAAAACUGCGAGACCUAAACAUAUUUCACGAAUCUAGUAUAGGCUAGUAGUAGCUUGUUCACUUUCCGAUCACAAAUACGCUUGUUAAUUUACCUUCUACUUUAUGAAUACAACCCUUUAUCCAAUUGCUGUACUCUUUCUGCUGUAUUUUUUUCAGAAUUCUCGCAUUAUUAUCUGUCCAAUCAUCAAUUUCUUCAACUUUUAUUUGAGGCACACAUAAUAAAGAUUUCGUCCACAUAGUGGUACUAUCAGUAGCUGCGGCAGCAAUGACAGUUGCUUGCAGACCAAGUCUCGUUUUCAACCAAACAUGGCCGCUGCGUGAAUAAGGUGUAUUGCACAGACACAGGUAAACAAAGCAGCGACGGGAACACAACAAUUACAGUACAAAAGCACAUGUCGUUACAACACAUUAAUGUUUUGUCAUUCUUGGGGCCAAAUCCCAUCAGAACAAUGGCUACAAAAUUACCAUAUUGCACAUACUUGUGUAGAAUCAUAUUGGAUAUAAACUAAAUGAAAACGCAUGGUGCUCUGAGGAAUAAGCACAGGUGUCUGUCUGUGUUAAUCACUUCAUAAAAAUAAUGUUCCUGAUUAACCUAGCACAUUUUUUUAAGUUUUCACUACAAUUGUCAUAACCUAAGUGGUUAUUUAUGUUAUUUUGAGAAACGGUAGUAGCUGCAUGAAAACCAGGAAAUUUUUAAGAUUUUGAGAAAUGUCCGAUGAUUAAUGGGAAACCAGGACUUCUGGUCACCCUGUCUGUAAGCUGCCUUUUGUUUUUCAGGAAUAUAAAGAAUUGUGGCUGUAGACAAGUUACAGAACAGGAACCCGUUGCCAUAGAUACCACACCAGGAAAGGCUGUUCCUUAUUACUUUUGAGUCAUAUCCUGCUGUACGUUGAGUUCAACAACAUUAAUUGUACAACUCCAUGGGGGGGAUUGCAGUUUUCCGUUACAAACUAAACACUGUGUCCUAAAUUACUUCCUCGUGUUUUGCAAGUGGAAGUAAAAAGCUGUGCUGCUGUCUUUGCCAGAUAAACUCUAGUACUAAAGAAGAUGAGAAAGGAAAUCCAUAUUUCUAAGGAACACUGCAUUGUGACGUUUUGCGUUAAUGACCAAAUUAUUCUUUCAUGUGUCUCUUUGUAAGCUGAAAACAGGAAAACAUUGGGUACCUGCAAUGCAAGACGUGAACAGUACACGACCCUUGGAAAGGCAGCGAAGACUGGACAGAUGCUGUUAAUGCCUUUCACAAAGCGAACAUGCAGACUGGAGUGUACUGGGCAUUGGCAGUGAUUUUGCUGUUGCCUGGUGUCCAAGUGACUUUUUAUACAUUUCAGGAAACUGAAGGUUUCUUGACUGGAAUGCAGCCAAGUGGAUAUAUAGCUUUAGCUGGAGAUCAAUUCAUAAUGCAAUGUGCUUCACCAAAUCAAUCAGUUAUCUAUGAUGAGUCCGAGAGCUAUCAAAACAAAGUUGCAUGGUUUCGACAUUAUCAGAAUGGGGGCCAGGUACAGCCGGUUGGCAAUGGACAGGAGAACAUUAUCCCAAAAGGAAAUUUCUUAUGGUUUCCAAAACUGGAAACUGUUCACUCAGGGGUAUAUUCUUGUCAAAUAAGGGAUGAGAAGAUAUACCUCACACUAGAUGUUAACCAGAAAAAUAAGACGCACUGCCAGGGUUAUGCACACAGCACAGUAGACCUACUGUCUGGUAGUGGUGACUCAAUAACCUGUCCUGCUGUGACUUGUUACAGUGCUUCGGGGCAUUUGCCUGUGAGAUGGUACAAGAAUGGAAAACUUGUGAAAUUGAACAAAAGCAGACCAACGUUGGAACUUGAAAAUGAAAAACUUGUACUAAAGACAGUCUAUACAACAGACGCUGCCAAUUACACAUGUGAUUUAAUCUACAGUGAAAACAAUACUGUGAGGAUUGUGAGAAGAAUGUUAACAGUCAGAGUUUUUGGACAAGAAACUAAGAGACCACCAUCUAUUCUCAACCUCAAUGGUGUGGAGACUAUUGAAGCAGAACUUGGGAAACCUUUAACACUGGAGUGCAGAGUUAAUUUUGGUUUUGAAAGAAACUUUUCACCUACAAUUAAAUGGUUAGUCAAUAGCAGUGACAACUCAAAAGACAUCAGCCUGGAAUUAGAAGAAAGCCAAAUUGUCAAGGAUGACAGAAAAGGAAAAACUAUUAUCCACACAGCUUACUUGAGUAAAGUGACUGAAAGACACUUUAUUGCCACAUUUACCUGCUUUGCACAGAACUUUCAAGGGAACACAACUGGUAUAUUGAGGCUUAAAAAGAGUCCAGUGAAUGGGCCUUUUCUAACAUACGUUUUGUGUGGAAUUAUUUCGACAGUCAUUUUCAUAUUUGGUGGAAGUACCUACAUAUAUAUUCACUGGAUUGAAAUAGUUUUGUUGCACCGAAGUUAUUUUCCAUACGAUGAAACCAUUGGAGAUGGGAAGGAAUAUGAUGCCUUUAUAUCGCAUGCUAAACACUCUUCUGAAGACAUUUUGGAAGAUGAAGAUGGAGGUGGUGUUACAGAAGAUAUGUUUGUGUUGAAGCUCCUCCCAGAGUUCUUGGAGCAGCAGUGCGGAUACAAGUUAUGCUUCCUUGAAAGAGAUGUGCUACCAGGAGGAGCUUACGCAGAAGACAUUGUUUCAUCUAUCAAAAGAAGCAGAAGAGUGAUUUAUGUCCUCAGCCCAAGAUACAUAAGCAGCCCUUGCAUUUUUGAACUGCAGACAGGAAUCAAUCACCUGUUGGUCGACGAUCAAUUUAAACUGAUUCUGAUCAAGUUCAGGCCAUUGCCCGAAGUGGAUACCCUCCCUCUUGUAGUCAAGAAGGCACUAACGAUUUUACCAGCAAUGAAAUGGAAUGGUUCCAAAUCUAAUCAUUCUAAUUCUACAUUUUGGAAGAAUGUCAGGUAUUACAUGCCAGUAAAAAAAACAAAAGUCUCCAGUGGUGAGACCCUGGAUUGUGAUGAGUCUCCAGCAGAUUUAGUUUGAUAUUUUGUACUACAAUAUUUUGUAACAAUUGUAAGUCACCCUUGAUAAAUAAUAAUAGUUUCUGUUCCACAGCCUGCAGCGAUGGAGUGUGGAUCUUUGUAGAACAACAAAGAUUUAAAGUGGAUUUGCAAAAUGUAUACAAUGUUUAAAUGUGUGGUUUAAGAUCAUCAGAUCCUUGAAGCCCUUCUACCUUGAUGGAAAAAUAGGGUAAAUAAUGAUGCAAAAACAUGAAUCCCAUUGGGUGCCUUUGUAGGUAUUCACUGGCAUUUUAAUGAGUUCUUGGUUUAGUUAUUUUUUUUCUUGGCCACUCAGUAAAUCAAUUCUUUAAAGGAUAGGUAGUUUAAAUUGUCAUUUGUAUUGUUUUUUUGUUUUUUUUUAUAAUGCCCUUACAUUUUGUAUGGUGUUAUCAGUGAGUUCUGGAUUAUAUUGCUCUCAUAUUGAGUUACAGUGUUCCUUUUCUUUUCUAAAUUUGCCUACCUGGCUGUUUUUUAUUUUGACAGCUGUAAAUAGACUGUCUUGUUGAAAUAAGCUCUCCUAAGUUAUUGUCUGUGAUAAACAGGCAUGCCCAUGGAAAAGAUUAUUAUUAUUAUUAUUAUUAUUAUUAUUAUUAUUAUUAUUAUUAUUAUUAUUAUUAUUAUUUAUUAUUCCUUUAUCCAAGGUGACUUACAGGUGUUACUGGGCUGUACAGUAUUGCAAUGCAAGAUUAAGAGUGUGCUAUAGAGUGAUCAAUGUUUACUUGUUGUGUUAUUCUACAAUAAGUGAAACUAUUACAUUUUACUGUUUAUACAUCAAGUUUGGGCACUAAUGGGUUAAGUAUAACGAUAAGUGUAUAAAAUAUUUAUAUUUGAAUUAGGCUAUAUACUGUGUGUGUGUGUGUGUGUGUG